AUGGGCAUAGAGGCCAUUCUCCAGAACUCCACUGACUCCAUCCUCUUGGGUCUCAUCACCCAUCCCACGUUCCCUGGGCUUAUCUUUUCAGUGGUCUUCUCCAUAUUUUUGGUGGCUGUAAUGGCCAAUGUGGUCAUGAUUCUGCUCAUCCACAUGGAUUCUCACCUCCACAUGCCCAUGUACUUCUUGCUCAGCCAGCUCUCCAUCAUGGACACAGUCUACAUCUGCAUCACCAUCCCCAAGAUGCUGCAGGACCUUCUGUCCAAAGAAAAGACUAUCUCCUUUCUGGGUUGUGCUCUUCAGAUAUUCCUCCACUUGAUCCUGAUAGGAGGGGAAUUUUUCCUGUUGGGCCUCAUGGCCUAUGACCAGUUUGUGGCUGUAUGUAACCCCCUUCGGUACCCUCUCUUCAUGAAUGGCAGAAUUUGCUUGUUCAUGGUGGUGAGCUCCUGGGUUGGUGGCUCCUUGGAUGGUUUCAUGCUGACAUCCUUCACCAUGAGUUUCCCCUACUGUGGGUCCCGAGAGAUCAAUCACUUUUUCUGUGAGAUCCCAGCAGUGCUAAAGCUGUCAUGUGUUGACACGUCACUCUAUGAGACGCUGGUGUAUGCCUGCUGUGUACUGAUGCUGCUCAUCCCUAUAUCUGUAAUUUUUGUCUCCUACAUGUGCAUCCUGCUCAUCGUCCACCGGAUGAACUCUACUGAGGGCCGGCAUAAAGCCUUUGCUACCUGUUCCUCCCAUAUUAUAGUAGUGAGCAUAUUCUAUGGGGCAGCCUUCUAUACCAAUGUGCUGCCCUAUUCCUACCACACACCGGGGAAAGACAAAGUUUUGUCCGCCUUCUACACCAUCUUCACCCCCAUGCUCAACCCGCUCAUCUACAACUUGAGGAACAAAGAUGUGGCCACAGCUCUAAGAAAAGUGCUGGAAAGAUACACCUCCUCCCAGAGAAUCAGAGUGGGAGAGGUGUAA